AUGGAAGACAAUGUUACACAUCACAUUUCAUCUAUCUACCUCGUUGGCAUUCCUGGCUUGCAGAAAUUUCACUGCUGGAUCGGCAUUCCUGUCUGCUUCCUGUUUGUGCUGACCCUGCUGGGGAACAGCAUAAUCACUGUGACCAUCAAGCUAGAGCCAAGCCUUCAUCAGCCUAUGUAUUUCUUCCUGUCCAUGCUGGCAGUGAAUGACAUGGCACUUUCCUCCUCCACAGCCAUCAAGAUGCUUGGCAUCUUCUGGCUUGAUGCCCACUGGAUUGACUUUGAUGUCUGCCUCACACAAAUGUAUUUCAUCCACACACUCUGCAUUAUCGAGUCUGCCCUUCUAGUUGCUAUGGCCUUCGAUCGCUAUGCAGCUAUCUGCACUCCAUUGCACUAUACAACUAUCCUGACAACAUCAAUGGUCAUUAAAAUGGGUGUAGGUGGUGUCAGCCGAGCUAUACUUAUGGUUUUGCCCUGUCCACUUCUCAUUAAGAGGUUGCCGUACCAUACAAAGUGUAUCAUCAACCACACUUACUGUGAGCACAUGGCUGUGGUGAAGUUGGCCAGUGACAACACCUCCAUUAACAGAGCAUACGGAAUCUCUGUAGCCCUGUCCGUGAUGGUAUUGGACCUAAGCCUCAUAGCCACAUCGUAUAUCAAAAUCCUCCAGGCAGUCUUCAGGCUGUCUUCCCAGAAUGCCCGCUCGAAAGCCCUGGGCACGUGUGGUGCCCAUGUGUGCACUAUUCUUGUCUCCUACACCCCUGCACUGUUUAGCUUCCUAACUCACCGCAUUGGCAAGAAGGUGCCUCCAAGCGUGCAUAUAAUCUUCGCGAGCGUGUAUCUUCUGGUGCCCCCCUCGGUCAACCCCCUGGUAUAUGGUGUCAAGACCAAGCAGAUUCGUGACCGAGUGCUAGGUCUUUUUUUCCCAAACAAGAAGGUUUCUGAGAAAUAA